CGGACAUUCCGCUGGAUGCAGACCAUGAUAUUUGCUAUUGAGGAGAUCAACAGAGAUGGCAAGCUACUUCCCAACAUCACAUUGGGCUAUAAGAUCUAUGAUUCAUGCAGUACUCCCCAUCAGGCCCUGAAAGCUGCUAUGGAGUUAAUGGGAAGUGUGAACAGUUCAGUGGCUGAAGGGGAAAUGCAAGGAAAAGGCAGCUGCCAUGGCGCUGUACCAGUAGUGAUAGGGGACGGAGGCUCUACUCAGUCUCUGGUAGUUGCUCGUUUUCUGGGAGUCUUCCAUGUGCCACAGGUUAGUUAUUUUUCUAGCUGUGCCUGUCUCAGUGACAAAAAGGAGUACCCUGCAUUCUUAAGGACCAUGCCCAGUGACUUCUUCCAGGUAGAUGCACUUGUACAACUUGUCAAGCAUUUUGGCUGGACUUGGGUGGGUGUGAUUGCAGGGGAUGAUGCGUAUGGCCGUGGCGGGGCAAACAUCUUUGCUAAUGAGGUAAUAAAGUUUGGUGCUUGCAUUGCCCUCCAUGAAAUCAUCCCUAAGAAUCGAGCACAGACUGCAAUUUCAUCUAUUGUUUCAAAGAUCCACUCCUCUGGGGCUCGGGUGAUUCUGGUGUUUGCUGUGGAACAAGACACAGCUGCUUUGUUUGAUGAAGCACUCAGAGUCGGGCUCACUGGGAUACAAUGGCUGGCUAGUGAGGCUUGGAGCACAGCUCCUGUCCUCUCAACCCCCAAAAAGUAUCACAGCAUCCUGCAGGGGUCUAUGGGAUUUGCCAUUCGGCGAGCGCAAAUACCUGCACUGCAAGACUUUCUGCUUCGCCUGCAUCCGGCAAGCCCAGAUGCCCUUGAAGAUCCCUUCUUGAUACCAUUCUGGGAGGAGGUUUUUCAGUGCAGCCUGGAUGUGCAGGCUCAACAUCAGGAACACAGUGUUGGGGGGAAACCUCCAUGUACUGGAGCAGAAGAGCUGGGGAGUGUGGCAAAUAUCUUUUCAGACGUGUCACAGCUAAGGAUUUCCUACAAUGUUUAUAAGGCUGUGUAUGCCAUUGUCUAUGCACUCAAGGCUAUGAGAAGCUGUGAGAAAGGGAAAGGACCAUUUCCUCUGCAGGCCUGUCCAGAUGCAGACAAUAUACAGCCAUGGCAGCUGCUUCAUUAUAUAAAACAGGUGAAAUACUUGAACUCGUUUGGUGAUGAAAUCAAGUUUGACGAGAAUGGCGACCCUGCAGCAAUGUAUGACCUCAUUAACUGGCAGCUGAGACCAAUUGGAGAAAUUGAGUUUGUCACUAUUGGCAAGUUUGAUGAGACCACAAUUGGAAAGCAAAAGCUCCAGAUCCAAGAACAGAAUAUUGUUUGGAAUGGCAACAGGACAAAUGUCCCCUUGUCAGUAUGCAGCAGCAUUUGUCGCCCAGGCACCCGGAAGGCAAUCAGACCUAACUUCCCUAUCUGCUGCCAUGAUUGUGUGGUCUGUACAGCUGGGGAGAUUAGCAAUCAGACUGAUGCCAUAGACUGUUUUCGCUGCUUACCAGAGUUCUGGUCCAAUGCUGAGAGGACAGUCUGUGUCCCCAAACAGGUUGAGUUCCUCUCAUUUAGCGACACCAUGGGAAUCACCCUGAUGGCUAUAUCCCUCAUCGGCUCUUUCUGCACGUGUGUUGUGGUCUUUAUAUUCUCUUAUCACAGAACCACCCCUAUCGUGAGAGCCAACAACUCUGAGCUAAGCUUCCUGCUGCUCUUCUCUUUGACUUUGUGUUUCCUGUGUUCUCUGACCUUCAUAGGUCAGCCCUCUGAGUGGUCCUGCAUGCUGCGCCACACAGCAUUUGGAAUCACUUUUGUACUCUGUAUCUCGUGUAUUUUGGGGAAAACAAUAGUGGUGUUAAUGGCCUUCAAGGCUACACUUCCAGGCAGUAAUGUAAUGAGAUGGUUUGGACCUGUGCAACAAAAAGCAAUAAUUACUUUUUGCACACUGGUCCAGGUAAUCAUCUGUAUAGUGUGGCUGGUUGUUGCUCCUCCCACUCCACGCCAAUUGAUGCCGCGUGAGAGCGCCAUCGUAAUUCUCUUGUGUGAUGAAGGUUCCCGCGUAGCAUUCGCUCUGGUCCUGGGCUAUAUUGGUAUGCUGGCCUGCCUCUGCCUCCUCUUGGCCUUCCUGGCAAGGAAACUCCCAGAUAAUUUCAACGAGGCCAGGCUCAUCACCUUCAGCAUGCUCAUUUUCUGUGCAGUGUGGGUAGCUUUUAUCCCCGCCUACAUCAGCUCUCCAGGAAAGUACUCCACAGUCACUGAGGUGUUUGCUAUACUGGCCUCAAGUUAUGGACUGCUGGGCUGUAUAUUUGCCCCAAAGUGUUACAUAAUUAUGCUAAGGCCUGAAAAGAACACAAAGAAACAUUUACUGUCCAAAGCUGUCACUGACAAAUUUUAG